AUCCUGCUCUUCUCGCCUGGCUAUGGCAUCCCGCGGCUUUACUACAGCGUGCUCGCCGCCGCCAUUGCCAGCGAGGGCUUCACAGUCGUCACCAUCGACCACCCGGGGGACGCCAACAUCAUCACCUAUCCCGAUGGCCACGCAGUCUACGCCAACGACACGUCCUCCGUCAUAGAGAUCAUACAGCAGCACCUGCUCGUGCGCGCCGCCGACGUGACUUCUGUCAUCGACCAGCUGAGCAACGCGACCGCGAUGGCUGCGCUGCUCCCCCAGCGCGGAUACCGGCCGUUCCCGACGGACCGCAUCGCCAUGCUGGGACACUCGCUCGGUGGCGCCACAGCCGUCACCGCCGCGGGCAAGGACGACCGGCUGCGCGGCGCCAUCAACUGGGAUGGCACCCUGUAUGAGCCGCUGCCCGCGUCGGGGCUGUCGCAGCCCGUGCUGUUUAUCGCGCAUGGCACGGCCGACGACGACAGCUGGACGCAGGCGUGGCCGCUGCUCACGGGGCCCAAGCUGUGGCUCACCAUCAACGAGACGCAGCACCAGACGUUCUCGGACGUGCCCACGCUUUUGCAAGCGGCGGGCCAGAAUGCAACGGCAUACGCGGACCUGCUGGGCACGAUUGCACCGGCCGAGAUGGUGCGCAUCCUCACGGCGUACACGACGGCGUGGAUGAAGGGCUCUUUUGCAGGCAGGCAGGGAGGGCCGCUGCUGGACGGGCGGGAGCAGGCCAAGUAUCCAGAGGUGUCGACUGUGAUGAAGGCCAACUUCUGA